UAUACGUCAGGACAAUACGAAAUGCGGUUUGUGUUUUCGAAUUUUGGAAUGUAACACUCUGCUAUGCAGUGAUAUUGUUAUGAUUGUCAUCAUUUGCGAUCAUUUACUUGGAUUGAAUUCGAGACUAAAAUUCGUACUGCUCAGAUAAUCUCACGUCUACAACCGUUUUGGAAACGAUUAUGUCCAGUGUUGCGGGCCUUCUGGCCCUAAUGACGGCCAUCAUGCACGUGUCGGAGGUCCAGGCCCAGUGUACCAUGAUUGACGCUUGUUCAUGCUUCAUGCCGGACGGAAAUGUUGUGGAUAUUAAAUCUUUAGGAGACAAUAACGGAUUCGCCAAGUUUUUCGCCGUUCCUGGGCCCGACGCCUUUUAUUAUUCCUUGAAUCUGUGUUAUCCAUUUAACGAAGGAGCAUGUUCGGGAGCUGCCGGAUGUCAGACGUCGGCAGACUUCCUCAGUACUUUCCAGAUCGGGGACGCCAGUUCCGCCAUGUUCAGCACCGAUAUGUCGAACAAUGUCCACGUCUUAUAUACGUCACCUACCGACGACGGUAGAUUCAGGACAGUUGACGUCACUUUGCAGUGUGACCCAAAUUCCUUAGAGCCAAAUAUACAAGUGUUUGGGGAACAGGGUUUCAACUCCCUCUUAUACACCUUCACUAUCACAUCACAAUGCGCAUGCCCAGGAGUCUGCGCCACCAAUCCGAAUCCAAUAGACCCCUCUGGCAAAGUGGUAAUCACAACAGAAGCUGGAAUAAGUUCUGGAACUAUUUUAUGUAUCAUAGCACUUGUCGGUGCGGUUGUAUAUGUCGGUGGUGGGAUGACAUACAUGCGGGUCAGAAAGAAUGCCGCAGGAGUCGGUAUGUUACCUCACAAGGAGUUUUGGGCGGCAAUUCCAGGACUGAUUAAGGCAGGAGCUGUUUUCACCUAUCAGAAGAUACGUGGGAAAAUAUCUGGACAAGAGUACUCCUCAAUAUAAACUUUGUUUUAAACACGUGUGCAGACAGUUUGGAACUUUUCCGUCAUCGAGUAUUUUCUCAUUUACGGAAAGUGCCGACAGUUCCCGAUUGAGUUUGGACUGAGUCAAAUUUACACUCACUUCUUCACGUACACAACAAGCACUUUUGAGAUCUGAAGAUUGUUCCGAUAGCUUCAGUUCUCGUUAUUAAUUACUGAUCUAAAAGAAUAAUGUUUGAGAUGCCAUGCCUAUUUUAUAUCUGAUGUCAAUUUUCACAUUGUUUUUCCGCAUUUUGUCAUAUGACGGUAAAUGAUACGUAAUGUAUAUGCUGUAAAUUACUAGAGCUAACAACAUUUAUGUUCACGAUAUUGUUCCAGGUUGUUUAUUAUUUUGUAUUUUAUUGCUAAAUAUCUAAAUUAUAUCAUAUUAUUCUUGUUCACUACGACACUGUACGUAUUAGGAUGUGACUUAUAAUAAAACUGAAUUAAUGAAAAAAAGAGCAAAGUACAUGUACCUGUAAUACGAGUGUAAGUGAUAUCAAAAGGAACCUCUGUAAACAUUGCAAUCAAUUUGAAGCCACAAAUGAAAUUGCGGAAAUAAGAAUUAUUAAAUAUUUGUACUAAUUUUUAAUAAAAAAAAAUGUUGUGAAGCCGUUUCUAAACCAGUUUUGACGGCAUUGUCAGCACAAAACAAGUUGUUAAAUAUACUUUGUAGUCAUAAUUAAAUAACUUUUUGCUGUUUUCUGGUUUAUUAGCAACGUUUUAGGGGCCACGGUAGUUAAGUGGUAGGACGCCGGGCUCGUGACCGAAGGGUUGCGGGUUCGAGUCACGUCACGGCACUGUGUUGUA